AGUUAGGGUGGGACCCAGGAGUGCCCCAACGGACCCAGGAGUUCCCCAAUGGACCCAGGAGUUCAGGAGGGACCCAGGAGUCCGGGGGGGACCCAGGAGUUCGGGGGGGACCCAGGAGUGCCCCAAGGGGACCCAGGAGUUCGGGAGGGACCCAGGAGUUCCCCAAGGGACCCAGGAGUUCGGGAGGGACCCAGGAGUGCCCCAGUGGACCCAGGCGUUCGGCGUUACCUGUGGCCCCGCCCCCUCCGGCUGGCUCCGCCCCCUCGUUGUGUCGGUCCCUGCGGGCCCAGCAGGGGGCGCUGAUUCCGGGGUCUCCAAAACCCCCAAAACUCGCCCAAAAUGCCCCAAACUUCCCGGGUUUUUGGUUUUUUUUACCUCCGCAGCAGCUCGGCCAAUCCCAGCGCCAGCUCCGCUUCCUGUGACGUCACUUCCUCUUCCCGGCGGCCCCUCCCCCUACCCCAAUCAGGAGCGUUUUCCCCCCGUCCCUGUGGAACGGACCAAUCAGGAGCGUCCGUGCGUCCCCCCCCCACCUGUCGGUGUCGCCGCCGCUCUGCUGGGAACCGGAAUGGGCGGGGCUUGGGGGCGGGGCUGGCCCUGAUUGGCCCAGGUCGCUGUCAUGUGAUCGGAGAAACGCCCCGCCCUGUGUGUUCCCCCCCCCGUCCCGUCCGCCCCCCGAACUCCUGGGUCCCUUGGGGCACUCCUGGGUCCCCCCCGAACUCCUGGGUCCCUUGGGGCACUCUUGGGUCCCUCCCGAACUCCUGGGUCCCUUGGGGCACUCCUGGGUCCCUCCUCAACUCCUGGGUCCCUUGGGGCACUCCUGGGUCCCCCCCGAACUCCUGGGUCCCUUGGGGCACCCCUAUUUGGCGCCUUCAGCAUUUUCCUUCUCCUUAAUUAACACCUUGGGGGGCGCUAAUUAAUUGGAAAGGUUAAUUAAGGGCGUUUAGUGGCGCUUUCUCGCUUUGCCGGCGCGGAAUCUGCCUAGCAACGAGCGCUGAUUGGCCGCGUUUUAUCGGGGGGGCGUAAUCUGCCUAGCAACGCGCGCUGCCUGUCCGUGCUCGUGGGGUGCGCCUAAUCUGCCUAGCAACGCGGCCUGAUUGGCCACGCUUUGCAGUGUCUUAAUCUGCCUAGCAACGCGCGCUUAUUGGCCGCCCUUUGGAGGGGCUUAAUCUGCCUAGCAACGCGCGCUUAUUGGCCGCCGUUUAGAGGGGCUUAAACUGCCUAGCAACGCGCGCUUAUUGGCCGCCCUUUGGAUGGGCUUAAUCUGCCUAGCAACGCGCCCUGAUUGACCGCGCCUGGGAGAGCGGGCCGCGUUAUCUGCCUAGCAACGCGCGCUGAUUGGUCGUGGGGCGUAAAACCGUAUAAAAUUAAAAAUACGCCCCCGAAAUGACCCGAAUCGCCCCAAAAUGAACCAAAACCGCCCUAAAAAGCAGCAGGAAACACUAUUAAAAUAAAAGGGAAAAUAAGCGUCCAAAAGCCGUGUUUUUCGCUCAAAAAUCAGGAUUUAAACAAAAAAACACAAAUAAGUAGAAAAUCCACCCAAAAAACGACUUUAAACCCCCUCAAAAUGAGGAUUUUCCCCCCAAAAAUGCAGAGGUUUGAACCAAAGAAUCAGGGUUUCACCUCAAAACCUCCCCCGCCGCCCCCCCCCCCGCCCCUUGAUGACGUCAUCAGCAUGGCGGAGGCGGGAGGCCCCGCCCCCCCGGCCCUGCGGCUGCUCCUGCGGCGCCUGUGGCUCCUGCAGCGGCUGCAGCGGCACCAGCUGCGCCUCACCCAGCGCCUUUCCCGCCACAUCCUGCGCAUGGCGCCACGCCCACCGCCGCCAUCUUGGACCGCCACGCCCCGCCCCCACGGCGGCAGGAAGAGCCGGGGCAAUAUGGCCGCCCGGGGCAAUAUGGCCGACCGGAGCAACAUGGCCGCCCGGACCAAUAUGGCCGAUUGGACCAACAUGGCUGACCCAACCAACAUGGCCGCCCGGAACAACAUGGCCGACCAAACCAACAUGGCCGCCCGGACCAAUAUGGCCGACUGGACCAAUAUGGAUAACUGCAUUAAUAUGGCCGACUGGAUCAAUAUGGCCGACCGGACCAAUAUGGCCGACCGGACCAAUAUGGCCGCCCAGACCAAUAUGGCCGCCCAGACCAAUAUGGCCGACCGGACCAAUAUGGCCGCCCGGAACAACAUGGCCGAACAAACCAACAUGGCCGCCCGGACCAAUAUGGCCGACCAAAUCAAUAUGGCCGACUGGAUCAACAUGGCCGCUCGGAUCAAUAUGGCCGCCUGGAUCAACAUGGCUGCCCAGACCAAUAUGGCCGACCGGACCAAUAUGGCUGCCCAGCGCCUCGCCUGGACCAAUCAGCUCACUCCGUUGGGCAACAUGGCCGCCAACAUGGCCGCCAACAUGGCUGCCUCCGCCUCCCGGAAAUCACCCGGAAAUGGCAGGACGGGAACAGGAAGUGGAUCAGGAAGUGGAUCAGGAAGUGGAUCAGGAAGUGGAUCAGGAAGUGGAACGGGAAGUGGAACAGGAAGCGGAACAGGAAGUGGAUCAGGAAGUGGAUCAGGAAGUGGAACAGGAAGCGGAACGGGAAGUGGAAAAGGAAAUGGGACAGGAAGUGGGACAGGAAGUUGAACAGGAAGUGGCGGGGGAGGGGACAGGAAGUGGCAAAACAGGCGCUUUGGGGGACCCGGAACUCGGCGAUUUUGGGCGUUUUCUCCUCAAAUUGAGCCAGUUUGGGUUUUUAUCCCCAAAUUACCCCAAUUUGGGGUUUUUUUUGCCCCAAAUUCCGCUGAUUUGGGGUGAAAAGCGGUUGAAUUGGGGACAGACCCUCCCGCGCCCCCAAAACGCCCCGAUUUUCCCCAAAACCCCCGUUGUGCCGCCCAGUAAAUGCUCUUCCCCCCUCCCC